AUCAACAGAAAGAGCCGAAGAUGUCGGCUCGGUCAUGUGAUCAGCUGUGUCCAAUCACAGCUGAUCGCAUCUCGAGAGCAGAGCAGAGGCGCAGUGCCACCUGUUAGUGUCCAUCAGUGCCAGCUGUCAGUGCUCAUCAGUGCCACCUGCUAGUGCCCAUCAGUGCCACAUCAAUGUCACAUAUCAGUGCCUACCAGUGCACAUCAAUGCCACAUAUCAGUGCCCAUCUGAGCUGCUUUUCAGUGUCACCUAUCAAUGCCAGUCAGUGGCACCUAUCAAUGCCAGUCAGUGCCACCUAUCAGUGCUGCCAAUCAGUGCCACCUAUCAGUGCCAGUCAGUGCCGCCUAUCAGUUCCAGUCAGUGCCACCUAUCAGUGCACAUCAGUGCCGCCUGUCAGUGCCGCCUAACAGUGCCAUGCCAGUCAGUGCUGCCUGUCAGUGCCACCUAUCAGUGCCAUAUAUGAGUGCUGCCUUUCAGUGCCCAUCAGUGAUGCCUGUC